GAGAGGUGGCAAGAGACGCAAGAUGGCGAGCACGCGGUGAAGCAGCGUUGCCUCGUCGAUGGAUCCAUCGUGUAUUAUUCUCGGACAGUACGUCCGCGUUCUGUGUGAUAUUCGCGUUGGGUAUGGAGUCGUGGGCGUUUCAGCGAGUGCCGCGUGCUGAUAAACGACGCGCGUGCUGUUGGUGAUCAUCGUUUUUAUCGCGGCCGAGAAACGAUUCCGCGGGGCCCGAGCUGCCCACCGAACGCAAGACAGGGGCCAACGAAACGUGUGUGGUGCGCGCGGCUCUCAGUGAAAGUAAACAAACGGUUAUGAGUGCUGUACUGGGCAGUGUCGGGGAUCCAGCCGGUCUCCUGGAUCCCGACGUCGAGAGCAUCCUCGAGGAGAAGAACCAAUUGAUCAGCCGGCAAUAUGCGGAGAUCGAGAGGUUGCAACGGGAGCUCACGGAGGUCAUCGGCGAACGGGACGCGUUGCUUUGCGAGGUGUCAAAGUUUAAGUUUGAGCGCGAGAUGACCGAUCUGAAGCGCCUCCACGAUGACAGUUUCCCGUCAAAGAUGGAGAGGCCAUCCCAGCAUACAUCAAACGUGAAUCAGGUCCACGGUGCCGGGAUGCACGGUGUGUACUCGUCCGGCAGUCAAACAUCCCUCACGACGUCCUACAUCACCGGUCAGUCGUACGUGCAGAACCAGAAUUACGGCCAUGGCCCGUAUAAUUCGUCCUCGAACGUACGGGUUUACUCGCACGCGGGGUACAACCAGCCUCAAAGCUACGGCACCAUGGUUCAGGGUUACGGUGGUCAGCCUCAGACGGGAUAUCAACAGAAUCAUCUUAAAAAGGGACCCGUGCGUAACGGGGACGUGCUGAAGAGAUGCCGACUUCAGACCGCGUACGAGCUGUCCCAAGAUCUACUGGACAAACAGAUCGAGAUGCUUGAACGGAAAUACGGGGGCGUGAAGGCGCGGAACGCCGCGUUGACGAUACAACGAGCGUUCCGUAGGUACACGUUGCUGAAGAAAUUCGCGGCGAUCACCGCGAUGGCCAAGGCGGAGAAGAGACUGAGCCGAAAGCUUCAGGAGACGAACGAUCGUGCCUCGAGCAUGAACGAGCACGAGAGGAUGGUCUAUCACAGUCAGAUUUACAUUCAACAGCCGCAAACGGCGAACAGGCCGAUGCCAAUCCGAAGCAUGUCCUUGAGAGAGAGGAGGCACGUGGAGAACACCACGUCCCAGUCGCCCAUACCGAGGAGCCAGAGCGGCAGGUGCGAGGUCCAGAUCGCCGGGCAUCAACACGCGAACCAUAAUGUUCAUCAGACGGGCAGGCACACACCAUCUCUGGCGCCUAGUCCUUGCAACAGACAUCAACAGUUACCUCCGAGCCCCUGUUGGGAGUCCAGCUCGCAAGAGAGCGGAUCCAGCAUUCACUAUUACAAUCCCCAGGAAGCACUCUGUGGUCUCAGGCAGGAGACACCACCGCGAGACCUGCUUCGAACGCCCUGCACAUCCCCAUCGACGCCUCACAAUCUUCAAACGCCGGUGUCUCAGAAUUGGAGCAAUACCUCCCAUCUGGGCUCCACUGGUAGAUCGAGGGGCUCAGCGAAAAAGGUUCCACCGGAGGUGCCUAAGAGAACAUCUUCUAUUACCUCCAGAUCUAUGGAGCCUCGUCACAAUGGUCUCAGCAAAAGCGUGGAGAACGGUAGUCUGAGCUCUGUGCAGAGCUCUGGCAGCGAUUCCACCAACUGCGAGAGCUCCGAGGGCGAUGCCCAAAGAGGAUCACCUGUCUGGAAGCAUAAAGGAAUCUCAAGUUCACCAGAGCAUCAGGAUUGCGCGAACCAUGUCACAGACUCGACCACAAUAAUGAACAGCGUGAAGGAUCUCGGUCACUCUCAUGCCAGUUCUGGUUACCAGCUUCCAAUGAUGGACCAUCAAGAAAACAUGUCUCAGACCAGCUACAAAGUUUCGGAAACGGUCAGGAAACGCCAGUACAGAGUAGGCCUAAAUCUGUUCAACAAGAAACCGGAACGAGGAAUCAGUUACUUGAUUCGAAGAGGAUUCUUGGAGAACAGUCCCCAAGGCGUUGCCAGAUUCUUGAUCAGUAGAAAAGGGCUGUCUAAGCAGAUGAUUGGAGAGUACCUAGGAAACCUACAGAAUACCUUCAACAUGGCUGUGUUAGAAUGUUUCUCACAAGAGCUGGAUCUUUCCGGGAUGCAGGUCGACGUCGCCCUGAGGAAAUUCCAGGCGUACUUUCGUAUGCCAGGCGAGGCCCAGAAGAUAGAACGACUGAUGGAAGUGUUCAGUCAACGUUAUUGCCAAUGCAAUCCCGACGUGGUAACCAGACUGCGAUCGGCAGACACCGUCUUCGUCUUAGCCUUCGCGAUCAUUAUGUUAAACACCGACUUACACACGCCUAACUUGAAGCCGGAACGUAGAAUGAGGCUGGACGAUUUCGUGAAGAAUCUUCGUGGUAUCGACGAUUGCGGGGACAUCGACAAAGACAUUCUAGUAGGCAUUUACGAACGCGUAAAGGAGAACGAAUUCAAGCCCGGCUCGGACCACGUGUCCCAAGUGAUGAAAGUCCAAGCGACGAUCGUUGGAAAGAAACCUAACAUGGCGUUACCGCACAGAAGAUUGGUCUGCUAUUGUAGGCUCUAUGAGAUCCCCGAUAUUCAUAAAAAAGAGAGACCUGGUGUGCAUCAGAGGGAGGUGUUCCUUUUUAACGACCUUCUGGUCGUAACGAAAAUCUUGAGCAAGAAAAAGAAUAGCGUCACUUACACGUUCAGACAGAGCUUCCCUCUUUGCGGAAUGGUCGUCACGCUGUUCGAAGUUCCUCAUUAUCCGUACGGAAUUAGACUCUCUCAACGCGUGGAUGGUAAGGUGUUGGUCACGUUCAAUGCCAGGAACGAACAUGACAGAUGCAAGUUCGUGGAGGAUCUCAGGGAAUCUAUCAGCGAGAUGGACGAGAUGGAAACCUUACGGAUUGAGACGGAACUGGAACGACAGAAAAGCAGCAGAAGCGCCAGAGGUGGCGCAGAGAACAGAGACUCUGGCGUGGCGGAUGUCGAGAUAUGUCCUUGCCCGGGACCUUGCUCCGACAGAUCGGAAACCACCGACAUGGACACGCAGUUGAAACGCUCUGCGCUUAGCAAUUCCCUUCUUGACAUACACGAACAAUUCGCUGGUGAAAAACCGCAACGCCGUGGAAGCGUGGGCUCGCUAGAUAGUGGUAUGUCCAUUUCAUUUCAAUCUACAUCUGCCAGCUCAAUGAGCCAAGGCAUUAAACAUCCUGGACAAGUUCAUCCUAUACAUCCAGGGGCUACUGUCCCCGGUGGUGCUAAGGGACUGGCUCAGCAGCCAUCUUUUUUAGGGGGUCUAUUCGCCAAACGGGAACGAAAGUUAUCGCAAUCGGAGGAAUCUGGACCCUACAGUCGCACUACGGAAGUGUAAUAUAUCCUUCCGAUGGUACCUAGGGGAUCUCUGUACGUUCAGUUCCCUUCUAGUACGUUCCACGAUUUUCUCAGAUUUUGUGCACAGUGGACACUGUACGUGAUAAUGUACUAAACGUGUAAAGAGUGUACUAGUCAGAAGAACAAAAAGCAACACUUUCUGUGCGCCCUCUGUAUUGUUUUAAUAUGGCAAAGAAAUAUUCUGUACACACAAAAUUGAUUUUUAUGGUAUCCUAAUUCAAUAUCGAUUAGUUCUCAAAGUUGGUACGCAUUAAAGAAAAAUGUGUACAUGUAUGCAUACAUUAUUAGAAUACGCGAUAUAUUACAAAAAUUUCUUUAUGUAUCAUCAGUGUAAUAGUACUGAUACAAUUCCGAUGAAUACAUAACAAGCAAUUGACAGCAAUACGGCUGUUCUUAGGUGGGAAUUUGUUAACGAAAAAGAUAUAAAUAUUCUAGAAUCCAUUGGAAAGUUCAUAACAGUAGUACAUAAAUAUAUAGUAAAUUCACAACUCGAAGCACAAUUCCUUGUUAAAUUAUCGAUAGUACACCCUAUAUAUGUUUAGUAUAUUAUUACACGCGAUGAACACGAACGUAGUGUGCAGAACUUGGGACAGAUGACUUGAAUCUCGUGCAGUCAAUUCCUGAAAUGGAAUUCUAUUGCUUUCCUUCAAAUUCGGAUGGAUCGUACGCAGACCACGGUUAACGUUACGCUAGGAGGGCCCGAUGUUACGUCUGGGAACUAGAAGGACGAAGAUAAGUUACCUAUUGGAUGAAAGCAGUGGAAGAAUACAAAAGAGAUUACAAAUGCCUAAAGACAACUGGUCAAUCGAUGUAAAUUUAUCGGAUUGGGCAGGAUCCAAUCGUGGUGACUUAAGAGAGAGAAAAAGAGAGGGGGUGGGAGGGGAACGAGAGAAAACGAGUGAAUGUAAGAAUGCGAGAACGAGAGCGAGCGAGAGAGAGAGAUUUGUCAAGGUAAACAGUAGGAUAACUCCUACUGACAAGUGUAUAGUAUUUAUUGAUCCAA